CGUCGCCAGGUAAAUGAUCUUAUUUGAGUUUGUAUCUGUGCACCACUUGCUCCUGGUCCUCAGGAAGGUGGUCGUGGGACCAAACCAGAGUUCUGCUCAGGAAAGCCUCUCGCGCGCGAGUGUUUUCAUGUUUCCCGUCGACCUCCCGGACCAGGCCGAGUCUGACCUGAGGUCAGAGGCCGAGGCUGUGCUGGCCUCACUGAAGGCCGGAGCUGCUGCUGCCGCCUGGGUUCAGUCUCCGGCAGGGAAGGCGAGUCCGUCACAGGCCUGGUUCACUUUCACACCUGCGGCCGCAAAUCACUUUUCCGUUCUUCAGGUCGUCGUGGGAGAAAGUACCGUCCGACGGCUGUUGCUGUUUGAAGCCCCUGACUGUCCUCUUCUGACGCUGCACGCGCCUGGACGUCCCGCUGAAGUGGUGGCGGUGCACCUGGGCGGGCGCUGGUGGAGCGUGGACCAGGUCCUGCGGACCUCCGACCCGUCGCGCCGUGGACUGCUGCCGGUGCGCUCCCUGGUGGAGCGGGUGCUGGUCUUCCUGCUGGCCCAGGUCUUGACUGACGGGGAGGAGACGCCGUUCAGGCCUCACCCUCGGACGGAGAGCUGCCGGCUGCUGUGGGACCAGGGCGAGGCGGUGGGCUUCUACUCCGUCAAACGCAAAGGAAGCUUGUGCGACGGCUGGAGCGGCUCCUGCUACCUGCUCCCCGUCCUGGACUCCGUCCUGGUGCGGCGGCGGCGGAGGCGGCGAGGCUUCGGGCUCCUCAUGCUGCAGGACUUCUGCGCCUCCGUCGGCAGCGAGGAGCAGCUGGGGGUCAGCGCCCCGCUGUCUCCCGCCAUGGCGGCAGUCUGCAGGCGUCUCCUGGAGCAGCGGCCGCAGCUGAGGGAGCGCCUGUGCGAGGUGGAGGCCCCGGGCGGGUGGAGCCAGCGCCGCAACAUCUGGCUCAGCAUCCAGCUGCGCAGAUACUCGCUCCCCGGUCCAGGGUCCUCAGAAGGAAAGCAAGCCGAGCGUGAACGCGACACGGAGAAGGUGAGUCUGAUCUCAAGUGUGUGCAGGAAACCAAACCUGACGUUUGGUCGGUUCCGAGCCUGAACCUUGCACAGGUGGAUCAGUGAUGACGUCAGUCACCAGAGCUGUGUGCAGGAGGGUCACGUGACCCCGGGCGACUCCGCUCUGGGCUCUCCCACCGAGCCUCCCGGGACUGGGCGCAAACGUGAGUCUGAGCUCCAGCGGGAACUUGUCAAGCGACUCAGAGACUCCUGACGUCACAGCAUCGCUUUACUUUGAGGGGCGCCACCUGCUGUCCAGAGAGUAACAUGGCAAGUGAAUAUGUGUGAAACAGAAGUAAAAACUCUUCACUAAUAUGAACUAA